AUGUUAGGUAUGACUCAAUAAAUAGCAAACGCAAAAUUUUUAAAAACAAAUGAUUCCUUCACAAUUGUCGAAAGAGGAAUAAAAAAUAGUGGCAAAAAUGAUUUUCGUAGAUAAAGGCAGACUUAAGAUUCUAAACUUUUGAUUCCAACAAGGAGGCCGAGAAAUUAUCCCAUUUUAAAAUAAGAAGAAAUUAUCGAAUUAAAAAUAUAGUUUAAGUUUGAUGAUGACUCGAACUCAGAAAUUGACCUUAAUGAUUUUGAUAAAGCUGGUGAAAUCAAAUAAUUUGAUAUUUUCUUAAGUGAGAAGGCGAUGGAUAAAAUAAAUAUUUGCUAAAAAAAUAGAUUAUUUAUAAAAAAAUGA